UGGUUCCUCUUUAUGGACCUGGCGGCUCCUGGUCCUCAUUGAUAUGUGAGACGACACAGGAUGGCCUACACCUGCCUCCUCUUCUUCAGCCUCUGCCUGUUUUGCACCUGCGUGGCUUCGCCGCCGAACUUCGUCCUGCUUUUCGCGGAUGAUUUGGGUUUCGGGGAUUUGGGCUGUUAUGGACAUCCCAGUUCACUCACCCCAAACCUCGACCGCCUGGCUGCGGGGGGACUUCGGUUUACAGAUUUCUACUGCACCAGCCCCGUCUGCAGCCCGUCCAGGGCAUCAUUGUUGACGGGACGCUAUCAGACCCGCUCAGGCAUCUACCCAGGAGUGUUGUACCCAGGCUCUGUUGGCGGUCUUCCUCUGAAUGAGACCACCAUCGCUGAGGUCUUGAAGCCUCUGGGUUAUGCCACUGCUGCUAUAGGGAAGUGGCAUCUAGGAUUUGGGGCCAAUGGAAUGUUUCUUCCAACCAGGCAGGGCUUUGAUGAGUACCUGGGGAUCCCCUACUCCCAUGACAUGGGCCCCUGUCGGAACCUGACUUGUUUCCCUCCAGACGUUAAAUGCUUCGGAUUGUGUGAUGUUGGCACUGUAACAGUCCCGCUAAUGCACAAUGAUGUCAUCAAGCAGCAGCCAGUCAACUUCCUGGACCUGGAAAGGGCUUAUAGUGACUUUGCAACCAAUUUCAUCAUCACAUCUGUCAAGAAAGAACAACCUUUCUUCCUCUACUAUCCCUCCCAUCACACCCACUACCCUCAGUAUGCAGGUCCAGGGGCAGCUGGGCGAUCUUUAAGGGGCCCAUUCGGAGAUGCUCUGUUGGAAUUUGACAACACUAUAGGAAACCUACUUACAACCCUGGAGAAGACAGGAGUGAUCAACAACACACUGGUUUUCUUCACUUCAGAUAAUGGACCUGAACUGAUGCGUAUGUCCCGUGGCGGUAACGCUGGCCCUCUGAAAUGUGGGAAAGGCACCACAUAUGAGGGGGGCAUGAGAGAGCCGGCCAUUGCCUACUGGCCAGGGACCAUCAGGCCAGGUGUGACUCAUGAGAUGGCCAGCACUCUAGAUAUCCUCCCCACCAUCACAAAUCUGGCAGGAGCCAAACUGCCCCAGGUGAUGCUGGAUGGGGUCGACAUGACAGAAAUCCUUGUCAACCAGGGAAAGAGUAAAAGGGAGACGAUGAUGUUCUACCCCACAGAUCCUAAUGAAAUGUACAGUCUGUUUGCUCUCAGGCUGGGGAAGUACAAGGCCCACUUUUACACACGAGGUGCUACCCACAGCGGCACUACCCCAGACCAUGACUGCCCCGUAUUCGCAGUUCUCAAGGCCCACAACCCCCCGCUGCUUUUUGACCUGGAGUCUGACCCCUCUGAGAACUAUCCUCUCUCUCUGGUGGGAAGACCUGAUCUCCAAGCCGUGCUGGAGAACAUCAAGAAAGUCAAGGGGCAGUUUGAAGCCUCCAUGGUAUUUGGUGAGAGCCAGAUAUCAAAAGGAGAAGACCCCAACCUGGAGCCUUGCUGCAAUCCCCAGUGCAGCCCCAAGCCCAGGUGCUGCCAGUGUUGAUGGAGACAAAUUUUCACAACUGUUAAUGCAGGCAAUGUGGGGAGGGUUUCAGGUACUGCACUGCUUUUACCCUAAAUUUACUCAAUGAAAUCAGAAGUGAUGCUCAUUUUGUAAUUAUGCAUCACUACUUCCUUGUGUUAAGCUUUCAGUACUGUUAAUACUGAAAAGAAAUAUUGCAAAUAAUCUGUUUCCUCAGUGAGGAGAUUACUUCCUUGAUUUUAAUAUUGAUUAUGUUUAGAACUAACUAUGUACUGUAUAUAUUUCCUGACUUGAAUACAUGUUUUAAUAAUCAAUUCUUUAUGUACUUUCCACUUCAAAAUUCUUUAUUAUUAUAAAAUUCUUGAAUGACUUAAAUCUUGGAUUUUGAUGUGAAAAUAUUUUCAGUCACACAGUCAAGAGUAGAUGUGAAUAAAGACAACAAUAAAGGAUUUGGACAUCAAGCAUAUAUUUUAUUCAUAAGACCAAAUCCAUGACAAGGCA